UCGCUGUCCGUGACCGACAGCUCCUGUGACGGUAAAUGCGGACAUUUUUUUUUUAUCGACUUAGAAAGUAGGAGCAAAAAGUGAAGUAAUGUCAAGGUAGCUAGGUAAUUGAAAAGCUUAAAGACUUCGACAGUAAGGACUAACUGUUUUAUUCCGUGGGAGGAGAGUUGCUGAUUUAUCAUCAUGCCUUUGGUGAUGCGCAAUAUCGAGCCUCGGCACCUGUGCCGUCAGACCUUACCCUCGACGGUGAAGAGUGAACUGGAGUGUGUGACCAACAUCACACUGGCUAAUAUCAUCCGCCAACUCGGUUCCCUCAGCAGGUUUGCCGAAGAUGUAUUUGGCGAGUUGUUUAUCCAGGCCAGCUUGUUUGCAGACAGGGUGAAUACCCUUGGUGAAAGAGUGGACAAACUUCAGGUCAAAGUCACCCAGCUGGAUCCCAAAGAGGAAGAGGUUUCACUGCAGGCAAUCACCACUCGCAAAGCUUUCCGUUCUAAUCUGAUUCAGGACCAACAGCUCUUCACUCGGCCUUCCCUGCCUCAGCCAGUGCAGGACACCUACCAAACCUGCAACGAGCCACCUCCGCUCAACAUCCUCAGCAUCUACAGGGAUGAUGGAAAGGAGGCACUUAAAUUCUACACUGACCCAUCCUAUUUCUUUGACCUGUGGAAAGAGCAGAUGCUACAAGAUACCAAAGACAUCAUGAAAGAAAAACGGAAACAUAGGAAAGAGAAGAGAGACAAUCCCAACCGGGGCAACCUGAACCCUCGCAAGAUCAAAACGCGUAAAGAGGAAUGGGAACGUCGAAAGAUGGGAGAGGAGUUUGUUGUCCCUAAAUCUGACCUUGGUAAUUCUUUGGAUGUGGUCAAUGGCAGCAUUGGGUCAGGUGAUGACAUGGGUACGAUAGACUCUGAGGGAUUUGACCAAAGCACUGCCUCCUACAGUUAUGAUCCUGGCUCUCCUCUCCCACCUCCAGUGUUGGAUGAUGAUGGUUUCUUGCCACCUCCUCCCCCAGAUAUGACGUAUAAUGAUGUGCCAUGUGCAACCUCACCCCAGAGACCAGCUAGCAUUUUAAGCCCUGCACAUCCUCCUCCAGCUCCUCCAACAAUGUCAACCUCUCCUCCUGGCCGCCCUUCAGUGGCACCACCUGUUGCCCCACCUCCUCCCCCACCCAUGGGCAUGGCUCCGCCCCCACCUCCCUUAGGAUUUGAUGCUCCACCCUCUCCUCCUCCUCCUGCUUUUUCCUCUAUUUCUCCCUCUAUUCCUCCACCACCACCCAUGGAUCCCAGUGUCCCAUCUCCACCCCCUCCUCCUGCUGGGGGUGGACCCCCACCUCCACCUCCACCCCCUCCACCUCCAGGCCCACCACCAAGCUUUGCUCCAUCAGCUCCUGCCCCUCCUCCUUCAGGUGGGCCUUCAUCCACUCCUGCCCCCAAGCCUCAGCCUGCCCCUGAUGGCCGCAGCGAUCUCUUGGCAGCUAUUCGCCAAGGUUUUAACCUGCGCAAGGUGGAGGAGCAGAGAGAGCAGGAGAAAAGAGACUUCGUGGGCAAUGAUGUGGCAGCUAUCUUGUCUCGGCGUAUCGCUGUGGAGUGCAGUGAUUCUGAGGAUGAUUCCUCAGAGUUUGAUGAUGAAGAGUGGUCUGAAUAAGACUAUAAUACAUAUCAUGAGAAAAAUCAUUCCUGUUAGACCAAAACUAUUUGUUUCCCUUUAAUGAGGCCAGCUACAGUAUAUGCGAAAUUGUGUGUGCGCGCGCGUAUGUGCGCGUGUGUGUGGUCUCUUCUGACUCGGAGUGAAUUAUUUAGAUGAUCAGCCUGCUCCUAUUUCAGAGUGCCCAUUCCACUGUAAUGUAGCUAUGAAUGAGUAAAUUGAGCUAGAUGGAGUUUUUCUUUUUUGCAUCUCUGUAUCAUAUCUGUAAAAGAUCAUUAUUAAUCUCUUAAAGCUUAGCUUUGUUCAUACACCAAAGCCAAGUAUGAUGCACAAUAUGAGACUGUAAAUUAGAUAACUACUGUUAUCUUUUAUAUUCUGUUCUUAUGGCUACAUUUUCUCCGGCGUUUGCUUUUAUUUAGAACUCUUUCUUCCCCAGAGUGAAAAACACAAAGAGCCUGUAAGACUAAAUUUCUAAAGCUAAAAUUAUUUUUAAAAAUAUAUAUAUAUAAUUUUGUUUCUCUACCAUCCUGUUGCCUUGGUAACUGAUUUUUGUCUAUUUAAGUGCUUUCAUUGCAUCUGUCCUCUGACCUUGGUGCCAGUUGUGGCAUUAGGCAUUCUGUGUCGAGUUCUUUAUGUCCUCUUGCUUCAUGUCUUUGUCCUAGCCUUGGGCUCUUAACUCUAUAUGUAGUGUUAUGAUCUUUUUGUAUCUAUGUAUGCCAAAGUCACUUAAGCCAAGAGGCUGGAAAUGAGUGUUUCAGUUCACGUACAGUGGAAAUUAAUUAGUUCAAAGUGCCUGCUUUAUGUAAGAUUAACGCCCGAUGAAGCGUCUCAAUAUCAAAAAAUAAUGGACAAGGCAGAGACUGUGGUGUUUUAUAUUUAGAUGCUUUUGCAGGCGUUCUGUUAUACCAUGGCCACCCUACCUGCCUUUAAACAAUGCUGGUUUAAGCUUAAACAUUUUGCUUACUUAUAACUCACUGAAAAGCCAACAUUCCAUUCCUACCCAUAGGUUACCAGUGUAAUUUGUUAUGGUUACAACUUCGAGGGCAUUAUGUUUUUCUGUUCAUCACUUUUAAUUCAAUCCUUUGCCUGCACUGUAGCCUAUAAAUAAUUACUCAACAUGCAAAUCAGUGUUUUUUUUUUUUUUUUUUUGGUUUUUUUUUUUCUAUGCUGAAAGUGUUGCAUUCCAAAAUGUCCUCAUGAUGAUGAAGAUCGGAGCAUUGAUGUAGAACUGUCGGUAAAUGUGUGACUGGCCCAUCAUUUUAGAGGUGUCCUAAUAUUACAGGUAAAUUAACUGAUGGCUGUCAGCCAAUCAAAGACUAGUAUUUUGGCCAUGGUAUGAUUUUAGUUUAAGUGCUUAUUCCCCCCCAACUGCCCCAAGAAAUUAUGCAAUAUUUUGAAAUCAAUUUUUUUUAUUGCAUAUGGUUUAUAAUUGUAAAGCUUUUCUAUUGGUGGUUUAAUUAAAUAAAGAUCUCAAGUUAUAAAAUGA